AUGCAUUUGUUCGUUGGCUCUUUCUUUCUUCUAGCUAUUGGCAAUGUAAUUAUGAGGACAAUUCCAAAAUUUUCAAGCAACCCCUUUCAUAAAGGCAAUGAUUAUCCUCAUCCCAUGCAUGAAGGUGCACAAAAAAGCUACAAUAAGAAAUUUAGGGCAUUCCAUUCUGCAACGUUUCAAUGCAAAAGGAUCAAUUUUACAAUUUUACCCUUGGGGGUGCUCUUUUUCAUCACAAGACUCAAAUCGAAGAAUAUUGAUAAACAAAUUGCUCAAAAGUUGAUCCGUGUUCUUGCCACAAACCCAUACGUGCAAAUAUUUCGAAGACUUGCCGAUCUGGGGCCGCUUGACAAUUACAGAGUCACUUUGAAUGCAUCAGUAGAACUUGACCAAAGGGUAUACAAUAGAUCGACCACAUCCAAGGUCGCUGGUAUUCGGAUUGAAGGUAACGAAAACAUAUCCGCAUAUAAACGAAGUAUUAUCAUGUAUUGCAGAUCCGAAAAACCACGAACAAUUCAAUCUUACUGGGGAUGUUAUGAUCCAUUGUGUUAUCCUUUAUUUUUUCCUAAUGGUGAGUCUGGAUGA